GUGACGUGGUUCAUAUGGGCAACUGCCGUGUGCUCGGUGGCGUGGGCGGCGCCGCAAGGAAAGUUUGACCCCAGGAAGACCGUGGAGCAGCACCUGCCGACGGGCAACGUGGUGACGUCAAUCUCCAAGGCAACGGUGCAGGGGCACGUCGUGGACGAAGGCCAGAUAUCGGUGGACGAUCUGUUCCGCCAUCUGUCGGACUCAACCCCGGCGACGCAACCUAGCGCCCCGCCCACGCCGUCUGUGUUCCCGACCAGCAAUGUCGCGACUCAAGCCUCGACGAAGGCGCUUUCCGCGUCGCCUGCGUCUCUUCCCGCGCAGCAGGUUCCGGUGAACAGACAAGGGCUUCUGAGCCUCCCUGGCCGCCCUGCAUUGGGGAAUGUUAACAUCUUCAUCGACGACAGGCUCCGCGAGACUUUAGAAAAUGACGACAUAUUCCUGGAAAACGCUUUCCAGCCUCAGAGCUCUGCCGGUGUUGCUUUGCCCACGCUGAACAGUGCCCCAGGAGGCAGCAACAAUCAGAACUUCGGCUCUCUCCAACCUACUGGACAAAGUGUUUUCAUUUCUAGUGGGGGGAACUCUGCGCCAAGUGUAAACGCAAUUCCUCUCGGCGCUUUGAGCCCAGCCCAAGGACCUCGGACAUUCUCGGGAAGCCAGAAUGCAAUUCCUGUCAGGACAACUGGCAGCACCGGCGUCCCUCUCACAAUCCUCAACAAUGGAGCCAACCUCAACUCCGGUGGAUCUUCAGGAGGCAGUUCCAGAAACUUCGUAACACCAGUCCCAGUCUCAUCCAAGCCAAAAGUUGCUCACACCCAAACCGCUGUGAACUUCAGCCCUCUUCCUGCACAACCUAAAUUCACGCAAACCCCGACGCACACCACCUCAAAGCCGACAGUUAUCACUAAAUCAGCUUUAACGACCAAGCCUCUGCCAGUAUUAUCAUCAGCCAACAGUCCUUCAGAAUCUCCAUUCUUAGACAGCUUUACAAGUGCUCCUACUUCUGGCACUACUAAGCCUCCUGCUCACACGUCCUUUGGGUCCCGGGAUCUCUCAGCAUCGCUGCUGUCCUCUCUGCUUACUACCUUGGGCAACAAAAUCACCAAUCCUAACCAGAGCUUCGGCAACUUCCUCAAGUCCAUCAACGGCCAGAAUGGGGUCCUCGUGCUGCCCUCCUCGAGCCUCGGUAGAUCGGCAGACAGUUCGUUCGACAGCAGCCCGUCCUCCUCGCAGUCCUCCUUUACAAUUGACUUCGGUUUUGACACAUCCUCGGAGAUUGACCUCGACACUGACGACUCCGACACCUCACGGGUCAGUAUUGCAAGCAGCGACGUUAACGCCCUGAGCUUCGGCGGGAGCGAUACUAAGAGCAGCGCCGGGACCACCACCGUCGCCGUGGAGACCACCACCGAGCCCAUCGCGAAGGUCAAGACGCCGGUGUCCCUGUUCCGCGGGCCGCUCUCCGACAUCCUGUUCACGAAGGGCCAGUGGCUGGGGACGCUCGUCGGGGGGCUCGUCGACAUCAGCAGAACCGUCGUCGGCAAGAUCAGGGAGGGGGCAAGGCAGACGAUUCGCAAGCCAUAAUGGUGCUCAACGUUUCAAGGGCUUCCUUGGAAAGGACAUUGCUCUCCUUGAAAAAAAAAAAAGAAUUGUGCUCACAUAACAUAAUAUAACAGUAUUUCCUUUAUUGUUAACUUUUGAUAUAGUUGCACUUUGUUACUGCAUUUAGAUGUUGUUGUAGGUUUUCCAAACUUCUGUAGUUGACUGGGUAAAUAAAAUCCAUGGUUAUUUCGAA